CGACAUCGACAACGACGAAGCAGAGUUAUUAUUCCAACGACUACGGAAGGCACAUUAUCUGGACUCAAAUCAUCCCGUGAUCGAAAAGUCCCAUAUCUCGUCGAACAUUGCAACCAACUCCCGUCCACCCAGAAAAAAAGUCGAAGCGAAAUAUUCGUACCCUCCACACCCAAAGAAUACUUGAUGAUAAAGUACAAGAACACCUUCUGGGAAUAGCGUCGAACAUCUUUGCAAACACAAAGCAUAUACGAUACCAAUCCACAGUAAGUACCCCACUGUCUUUUUAUACAUGCAUUCUCCUACAGUUGAGAAACAUGAGUGCGUUGGUCCCAGCGCAGAGCUCGAAGUCGAAGUCGUGGUCGCUAAAAGCUUGCGUCAACAAAUCGCAUCGCAUGCGGCAGAGCCAGAGCAGAGGAGCAGCCAUCGCCAUACCGAGAUCUUGACCAGAUCACCUUUGCAGCUGCAUCACCAACACCACCCAACUCUGGUGCUGCACAAUAAAUCAUUGCGCAACAAAAGAGUCUCAAAGAGGUGGAAUUGCAUGCCAGCCAAAGCAAAUCCGAUCAAAGCAUCGCACCGCUUCGUGUUCGGACGGGAGUACGUUGCCCUCGUAUCAGAUCAAUGGGGAACAACGAUCAGCAUCACCACCACCACCACCGCACACGACCACGCUCCGCUUUCUCCUGCGGCUCUUCUCCCUCUUCUUCGUCCUCCUGCGACUGCUCCUCUCCUUUGUUCUCCCCUGCCGUCCCCCACCCAGCUGUCAAUUCUACGCGUAGCCCCAUGGAACCUUAGUUUAAGCUUCUGUCGCCUUGUGCUUCAAACUGUCUCAUCUUCGCGUCGACUUCCGUCUUGUACAAUCGUGGGACGAGUCUGCAGCUAACAUUCAUCUGAAGCGAAGGGGAUCAACCACCACACGUCUCAGCAUCUCGACACCAGCUGCCCCGAACGCUGCGAAUCCACCUCGCCGUCGCCAAUUCUUGUCCCUGUUCCGGCUGUGGCGGCGCACAAGCUUUCUAACACAGCCAAGAAACGACUGGGGCCGCGUACCAACGUCAA